ACACAAAAAAAAAGGAACGAAAAGGAAUUCACUUAUUCUCUCUCUCUCUCAUCGUUCAGAGCCUUAUCUCUCUCUAGAUCUUCGGCUUCAGAGUCCUGAAUUUUGAUCAGACAACCGUUGCUUCAGUCUCAUUCUUUUCCGGAGAGGAUUCUGUUUUCUUUUUCGUAGCCCAAAGUUUGUUUGAAGGGGAAGAGGCCGGAGACAAGAGUCACAAGACAUAAAGCUGCAACCUUAGCGGAAGAAUCGAGAUGCCCUGGAUGUCCUUCUUCAUGUUUUUCAACAGGACUUGCCCUCGUUUGGUCGUCUUCUUCCUUGUGAUUCUGUAACUUGAUAUUUUUCUGGAGUUAUCAGAAGUUCUCGUGUCUGGUCUGAGAAUGUGCAUUGUCAGAAACGGAAAGGAACAACGAGCUGUGAAGGAAGUAGGAAGAAUUAUAAUGACUAUAUGUUUCGUCGCUAAUUACCAAUCGGUGGAAGUUUGUCAGGCUGAGUAUUUCCGACAAUUGCUUAAGCCUGUUACGUAGUCAGGUGUUAGAGAUAUUCACAAAUUUCGGGUUUUGGAAGGCUAUCAACAUAUCAGAAAGAGUUAUUGUCAGAUGUUAAAAAGCUCGUGAUAUUCUGUUGAAAGAUUCUGGUUUGGAAUAGACAGAGCUCUGGUGGGCAUUCGCAAUACCUUCAGAAUGACGGCAAUAACUUGAAUUACCCGAGCUGUUCGUGGAGUAGAAACUAAACGGCUGGUAGCUUGAAAGGACAAUUGGUAGAGUAGAAAAUUUGAGGUGAAAGGCUUCUUUUUUCCGUGUUUUCCUUUUUUUCUGUGUUCGAUUUUCUGAUGCAGAAAAAUCUGCAUUUUCGCCGAAUGGCAAGAGAAACUCACUUCCCAGAUGAAAUGGGUGAUAGUGAUAUGCACAUUCCAUAUGCUUCAACAGCCUUUGAUGCGGUCUUUCCUCCAUGUGUGAAGCUUAAGCCGUUCAAUGGCGUUGAACUUCAACCUUCCCCGGUAUGUCCAAAAAACUUUAUCAUUUUCGAUCAAACCUAUGACAGAAGCCAUGUGAUGUACCAUCCCGAGAUGACCCGGAAGCUCAGUUCCCCUGCCUUGAACGCUUUUGCGAAUUCAUAUCAAAACGAGCAUGCCCGGGAAUGUUAUAAUAACUAUGACCAAGAAGCUUCAUCCUCUUUCAAAGAGGAUUCAGCUGAGAUUGAUGCCCUUCUGAGCUGUAAUGACUACGACGAUGAAGAAGAAGAUAGCAAGGAAUAUGAUGCAGAAGAAGUCAGCACAGCACGGAAUUCUGAGAAUCACGGGAAUCUCUCUCCGGAAUCUUCUUUCUCCAGCUAUGAUUGUUCGAAUAUUCCGAGGAAGCAGCAGAAUGGUGAGAGAAAACGAAGAAAGAUGAAGAAGAUGAUGAAGGUGCUGAGAAGAAUAGUUCCCGGAGGAGAACAGAUGAAUACUGUUUGUAUUCUCGACGAAGCUGUUCAAUACCUCAAGUCACUCAAAGUCGAGGCGCAGAAGCUCGGUGUCGGGAAUUUCCCGGACGAAGCUUAAACCGCUUGCUUGCAGUUUUCGUCCACGAAAAUCUACUGGUAAGGUAAUUGGUUCGGCUCUCUCUCUAUAUAUACACAUAUAUAUCUUCAUCUGUAGGAUGGUAUAUACAGUAUGUUGAUCUCUGUAUUGCCUUACUGAUAUGGCUUUGAUGAUGAAGCUGAGCUUUUAUAGUAAGUGAACUGAAGCAAUGUAUUCAGAUGCUCAAACAUUUACCUGCGGAUUGGUUUACAGACUUUUUUUAUAUGUAUCGUUUAACUUUUUUACUGUUGUCUUUGUGAUGAAGUUGUGAUUUUUA